CACGUGCACGCGCGUGUUUAUUUUCUGUUUUACCAAAAAAUGUGCGGCUGUUUUAUCUAAAAAUCGGUCUUAAAUCUUGAAAAUAGUUGAAAACUACAAGCUGUACGCAUCAAAAAUUUAACCCCCGCGAAGUUGACAAAAUCUUGUGAAAUUCUCGAGUCAGUGCGGUAGAAAACCAAGCGGUUUGAGUGAUCGUAAUGCGCGGUAGUGUGAUAUUUCAGCCGAACCGGGCCCUCGGAUUUGUGAGCAACCACGUCCCGGCUUAUGUGCGUUAUGUGGAAAAGCGAAACGAAAACGUUAUAACAACCUGCGUGGGCAAGUCAUUUCACGUGUACGGAGCAAAUAGCUUUCGGUUGAUUCGGGUCGGUGGGCUGCACCCGGAACCAAUCAGUUGUUUGGCGGCCGAUGGUUUCCUAACCUACGUUGCCUGUGGGAAUGUAAUUUAUGGCUGGCGGUCCAGUACGGAGCUGCGAAAAGUCUAUCGGGGACACGAAAGAUCCGUCCACUUAUUGCUGCCUUUCGGAAAGCAUUUGAUUUCUAUAGACGAAAGCAGUUUGCUAAAGAUUUGGUUCGUUGGAACGGAAGAGGUUUACCUCGAGAUACCGUUCAAAAAUGAAUCAUUUGAGAUAUCUGCGCUAAUGCAUCCAGCAUCCUAUAAAAACAAAAUCUUACUUGGAAGCGCUCAGGGUGAUUUACAACUGUGGAAUAUAAAGAAUGCAACCUUGAUUCACACCUUUAAGAAUCUGGGAAGUAAAGUAGCGAUUUUGGAGCAGGCUCCAGCGAUAGACGUUGCUGCCAUUGGUUUGCAAGAUGGAAAGAUUAUUUUGUUGAAUUUAAAAUUUGAGGAAGUUAUAAUGCAACUAAGCCAAGAUUGGGGACCAGUUACCGGUAUCACCUUUCGUACAGAUGGUCAUCCGAUUAUGGCCUCGUCGAGUACGAACGGUCAAGUCACAUUCUGGAACCUAGAGGACCAGGUUAUCCUUUCAACUCUUCUGGCUCAUGAUGAAUCGAUAACGACUUUGAAAUGCUUCGCCAAUGAACCUCUUCUGCUGACAACUUCUCCGGAUAAUUCUAUGAAACUAUGGAUCUUUGACCUUCCGGACGGAGGAGCUCGUUUGCUUAGAAUUCGCGAAGGCCAUGGAGCUCCUCCCACGUGUAUCCGCUAUCACGGUUCUUCGGGACAAAACAUCCUUUCAUCUGGAGAAGAUUCAUCUUUGCGCAUUUUCAGCACCAUUUCUGAAACUUUGAAUAAAAGUCUUGGCAAAGCGAGCUACAAUAGGAAGGCCUCCAAGAAACAUCGUAGCAAAGAUGGCGAAGACCCGUUUCGAAUGCCUCCUAUCAGUUUUUUCACAUCGGAGCUGACCCGGGACAAGGAAUGGGACAGCAUUGCAGCUGCUCACUCGGGGCUGGUGCAGGUAACGACCUGGUCAUUCGACAAGUGCCGCAUGGGUGAGCUGAAGCUUGUCCCUGAAAGAUUUCAGAACAAAAAUCGAACCGAUUUCGGCGUUUCGGUAACUGCGCUCAAUCUCAGUCAUUGCGGCAAUUUUGUUACCAUCGGGUACAGCAGUGGCCAUCUAGAACGUUUCAACAUCCAAAGUGGAAUCCAUCGAGCCAGCUAUGGUCAUCCGGCAGCGCAUGAUGCGAUGGCCGUGAGGGGAAUUUCGAUUGACAACCUAAACCAAUUUGUGGUUUCCGGUGGUGCUGAGGGAAAACUCAAAUGGUGGCAUUUCAAGCCAACAGGUAACAAACCAAUAUAUACCCAGCAAUUGGAGGAACCAAUAGCGAUGUUUUGCACUCACCGGGAAAGUGCCAUGAUAGCUAUAGCACUGGAAGAUUUUUCCGUUUUCGUAGUAGAUGCAGACAGCCGUGCUGUGGUACGGCGUUUUCUGGGGCAUCGGGGACCCAUAACGGAUGCGUGCUUCUCUCCAGACAGCCGAUGGUUGCUGACAGCAAGUCGUGAUUGUACCAUCAAAAUUUGGGAUAUUCCGUCUGCAUAUCUAGUUGAUCAUUUCCGGAUGCCUCAGAUUUGUACUUCUUUGGCCAUGUCACCGACUGGAGACUUCUUGGCCACCAGCUAUGUUGACAGCCGUGGCAUUUACCUGUGGGCAAACAAGACGCUGUUCACUCACGUUUCUAUGAAAGCCAUCAAACCGGACUCGGAAGCUCCUUUGAUGGAUCUACCAGCUACGAUCAACGAUGAAAACACGGCGGUCUUACUGGACGACACAGUGAUGGAUGUUGAUAAUCUGGAGGAAGCCAUGGAUGAGAUCAAUAUGAGCUACGAAAGUCCUCCGCAGCUAUCUCAGGAAUUGAUAACUAUGUCCAAUUUAGCUGCUUCCCGUUGGCAAAACCUUUUGAAUUUAGAUAUCAUCAAGAAACGCAAUCGACCACGACAAGCACCGCAGAAACCAAAAUCGGCCCCCUUUUUCCUACCUACUGUUUCGGGAUUGGAUUUCCAGUUUGACCUAAACGCAGACUCUAACCAAAAGACGGACGAAUCUUCGAAGAUAUUCCAACCGACACAGAUCGAACAUCUGACCAGCUUUGGUAAACUGCUGAAGGAAUCGUUAGCUGUUGGCGACGAGAGCUUUGCCAAGCCGAUCGAACAUCUUACCAAAUUGGGCCCUUCGAUGAUCGAUUAUGAGAUUCGAAACCUUAGCCCGCUAGAUGGUGGAAACGGUAGCAUUUCAAUAAUGACCGGAUUUCUGCGAAUGGUGAUCGUGAUGCUGGAAUCCAAACAUGCUUUCGAGCUGGCUCAGAGUUGGUUGAGUGUGUUCCUGAAAAGUCACGGACGCACCGUGGUAGAUAACGAGAACUUGCGGGAACUGCUGGAUGAGCUGGAAGUUGCGCAGGCCAAGGGAUGGAAACUGCUCGAGGAUCGACUGCUCUACGGAAUGGGCGUGGUAAGUAGCUUAAGAAAUUUUAACGCCUAAUGUUUGAGAAAUUUACAUAAAACACUGUUGGAACUUGA